CUCCCCUUCCAAAUUAUAGAAUUCCCAACUUUGUUUUCUAACAAUUCAAUUAAGUUCCAUACAUACACACAUAACUCACCGGAAAAGAUGGCGGCAGAGGCGGCGGCGCUCAAGGUCCACGGCAUCAUCCUCUCACCGCCGGUGCAGAGAGUUAUCGCCUGCCUCAAAGAGAAAGAGCUCGAUUACGAGUUUAACCAAAUUAAUCUUCAAACCGGAGAACACAAACAACAACCCUUCAUUUCCCUCAACCCCUUUGGUAAAGUGCCGGCCUUCGAGGACAAGGACUUGAAACUCUUUGAGUCGAGAGCAAUCACUCAAUACGUGGCGCACACAUACGCCGGCAGCGGGACCCGUCUGGUCCCCACAAACCCCAAGGAAAUGGCGAUCAUGUCGGUGUGGAUCGAGGUGGAGGGCCACCACUUCGACCCGGCGGCGUUGAAGCUGAACUACGAGCUCGUCAUAAAACCGAUUAUGGGCAAGGACACGGACGAGUCGGCGGUGGCGGAGCACGAGGCGGCGCUGGGGAAGGUUCUCGAUGUGUACGAGGGACGUCUGGCGGCGAGCAAAUACUUGGCCGGAGACAGCUUCACCCUGGCGGACCUCCACCACGCGCCGCUCGUGAAUUACCUCAUGGGUACUAGGUCCAAGGCUCUCUUUGAGUCACGCGCCCAUGUCCGCGCGUGGGCCGCUGACAUCUUGUCCAGGCCUGCUUGGGCCAAGGUUCAGGAGCUGCUUAACCAGUUCCUGCAGCAGAACUUCCCCAAGGCGACCUGAUCCUGAUCCUCCCCGGGUUCUUGAUUUGGUAGCCGGAGAUCGUGCCGGCGGCGGCGACCGCCGGACAUUUUGUUGUUUUAACUUUUAGAGUAUGUUUGGUGCCCGCAGCUUCUUGGUCGUCUUGCUUUAGGACUGCGUCGUUUGUUUGUUUGUGUUCUUUUGCUCGCUCCGGUCUUUUAAUUACUCUGUUUUUAUGAGACAGCACUUCGCUGUAUGCAAUAAUAAGUGGGAAUUGUUCCAAACAUUUUCUUGUUAUGUUUUUGAAUGUUGUGUGUUUCGUAUUGCAUUUUGACAUUAUUAUUAUUAUGAAGUAUGAACUCUGUCUCCGAAAUACAGUUCCUUUUUUUUU